CGUACACCGUACGCAUGAACAUCAUGCGAUAUGCAACUGUGUUAUUGUAUUUUAUUGCGCUUCAAAUACAUAAAUUGGAAGCUAAUUUUCCUGAGGAUGUGAUAGAAUGGGUCAGAAAUACAAUUCCAGUAAUUCAGACACCAGUAUACGCAGCAUCAGCUAUGAAUGAAAUGACUUGGCAUUGUGGUUCUAAGACGUAUAAAAUCUCGAUAACAGUAUCGAAAUUUGUUGCUGAGUGGUGGUGUGCGAAAAUCAAGGAUAAGAUAAAUAAAGCAUGCAAGAAGCAUGAUCGAUGUUAUGAGAAACAGAGAGGAAGAACCUAUUGCGAUAGGGUAUUUUGUGAUAGGCUAGAUGAGCUGGAAGACAAAUAUCUCUCAACUCCUAAUUUAUGCCCUACCACGCUCAUGUGCAAAGCCGUUGUAUACUGGGGUGAAAAAGCUUAUGAGGCUUCUCGACAUAAACUGUUUUGAUAAAGCUAUGAAGC